CGAUGGAUUGGCACCCCGUCCAGGGUGUACCCCACCUUGUACCCCAUGCUCCCUGGGAUAGCCUCCAGGCUCCCCACAACCCUGAAGGAUAAGCGGUGUAUAAAAUGGAUGGAGGGAACAAAUGAAUGCGAGUCGGCUGACCCAAAAGAUCCGGUUCAAAGAGUCGACUCAUUGGCUAAUGAGAAAUGGCCGGUAGCUACCUAGCUAACUGUUAGCGCACGAUGGGAUAUUAUUGUCUGUAUUGUAUUCGGCGUUUUAGCUACACCUAGAAUAAGCUAGAACAUGAAAGAAUGAUUUAGUUUCCUGUUCUUCAACAGCGUUUAUUUGUUAACGUAAUCGACUGCUUUGUCUUCUCAGUGGCGACUGAAGGUCCGACAACUUCACCAGCUAGCAGACUAACUAAUGUCGGCUAAUUAAUUAACUAACUGACUAGCUGCACCGAGGUGGUUUAUUGUGUACACGCAAAGGUCAUGGACUUCCCGGGACACUUUGAGCAGAUCUUCCAGCAGCUGAACUACCAGCGUGUCCACGGGCAGCUGUGUGAUUGCGUGAUCGUGGUGGGCAGCCGGCAUUUUAAAGCUCACCGUGCCGUCCUGGCCGCAUGCAGUACGCACUUCCGCGCGCUCUUUAGCGUCUCCGAGGGGGACGGUAGCUUGAGCGUAAUCCGGCUGGAUUCGGAGGUGGUGACGGCCGAGGCGUUCUCGGUGCUCGUGGACAUGAUGUACACUUCCACGCUGACGCUGGGAGAGAGCAACGUCAUGGACGUGUUACUGGCUGCGUCUCAUUUGCAUUUAAACGCAGUAGUGAAAGCUUGUAAGCAUUACCUGAACACUCGGACUUUGCCGAAGUCUCCCCUUCGCGAGCGCGGGAGUCAGCGUGUUGAGCAGCAGCAGCAGAUGAACAACGGGUCUAACGCACGUCUCCAGCGAUCGUUCCUCCUGCAGCAGCUCGGCUUAAGCGUGGUCAGCUCCGCCCUCAACGAGGAAACCGAGGAGGAAGGGAGCGCGGCCGGUCGAGGGGCGGGGUCGGUUUCGGGAAGUGGACUGUUAGACCAGCGUGACUCUUUCUACCCACAACGCCGCUUGCAGAAGCGCAAGCAGUCGUUUUCUCUGAUUCGCUCAGAGGCGGAGAGCCCACGGCAGAGGCCGCGCCUCACUUCACAAGCCCAGGGCAUCGGGGAGGAUUGUGGGGAGGGAGGAGCUAGAGGGGAGGAGCUUCUGUCCCCGGACUCGCAUAGCAAAACCAUAGAUGAGGAUUCCAAACUGGACGUGGUGGUGAUCGGGGCGGACGAGCGAGACGAGUACAGAAGGGCAGUGGCACAAGAGGACGUGCAGCUGCCCAGCCAAUCGGACGGCGGCAGAGGGAGCAGGGCGGAGCCUCUGCUUCUGCCACGGAAGGAGGAAUAUCCAGAUGGCGUUGGUGUACACGUGAAAGGUGGAGAUGAUGAAGAAGCACAGCGUAUGCAGGUGGUGGUGAAGAGCGAGCCGAUCAGCUCACCUGAACCUGCAGACGAGACCAGUGAUGUCACGUCGCAGGCCGAGGGCAGUGACCAGGUGGAGGCCGCGGGAGAGAAGCUGGAGCUGAGUCCCGAAGGCAGCGAGCACAGCUUCAGCGACCCUCAGCCCAGCUCCGACAUCCUGAUCUCAGAAAUCAAGGGACCGGUCAUCGAAGGGGAAAGAGCGGGCGAUACAGGAGGAGGUGUAGACCGAAGAGAAAGAGGCGGGGGUCUGCUGAGCUCGAUGAGCUUCGACCGCGGGUCCGUUCCCAACACCACGACAGGGGAGUGCGCACUGGACCACGAGCCCCCUCGUUUCCUGUUCGGCUCCGACUCAUCGUCUGCUAUGCACCUCCCUCUGUCUCAGAGCUUCCUCUCGGGAGAGGCGCAGGAGUUUUCCAACAUGCGUUCCGACGCACUUCUGCUUCAGCCCGUGCUCGACGGGAUCGCGUCUUCGUCGUCGUCGUCUUCAGAGCAACUGGCGUUGGAGUUUCAGAGGAACAUUUGCCGAGGCGGCGCGUAUAGGUUUCCUCCUUACCGACGCAUCGCGCCGAAAUCCGCAGCAGGAGCCGCUUUGAUGCAGGACGCCUCGUCCUCGUCCACGAUGCUUGUAAACGGUGCUAAUUUUGACUGUUCUGGCCAACGAGGAAGCAACUCGAACUCGAAUCCUCUGCCCCAGUUGACGCGCGCGUCAGCAGACGUGCUCUCCAAGUGCAAGAAGGCGCUCUCGGAGCACAACGUCCUGGUGGUCGAGGGAGCGCGCAAGUACGCGUGUAAAAUCUGCUGCAAGACCUUCCUGACGUUAACAGACUGCAAGAAGCACAUCCGAGUGCACACGGGCGAGAAGCCGUACGCGUGCCUGAAGUGUGGCAAGCGCUUCAGCCAAUCCAGUCACCUGUACAAACACUCGAAAACCACCUGCCUGCGGUGGCAGAACAGCACCAUGUCGAGCGGACUGCUUUAGGAUGACGUAAUGCGCUCCUCGGAGGACUGCUGGACACACACGUGCGUCUGAUGCAGCCUCUACGUUCAUGUUGAAUUUGUGAAGAAUCACCUUGUGCUAAGAGUUCAUCACUGGAUAGAUGAUGGUGCCAUCUACUGACGGAGAAUACUUCCACUAAACACUGCAGUUAGAGCUGAAGGAAAGGCCUUACAGCCGCCAUGAUGACAUCAGCUUCCUCUUCGUUUCACAACCAGCCCAGAAGUCUGUUCAGAACACGUUUUCCUCCCUCACACCCUUCCUCGCUUCCUCCCUCCUUUUCUUCCUUCCUUCUUCCUUUCCUCCCUCUCUUCCUUCCUUUCUCCCUUCCCUCCUAGCACCCUCCUUUCCUUCCUCUCUGAUUUCCUUCCUCCCUCUCUCUCUCCUUUCCUUCAUUUCCUUCCUCUCCCUCUCUGUUUCUCUCUCUCCUUUCCUCCAUCCUUUCCUUCCUCUCCCUCUCUCGCUCUCCUUUCCUCCAUCCUUUCCUUCCUCUCUGAUUUCUUUCCUCUCUCUCUCUCUCUCUUUCUCUCUCUCUUGCUCUCUCUCCUUCCUCUCUGAUUUCCUUCCUCUCUGAUUUCUUUCCUCUCUCUCUCUCUCUCUCCUUUCCUUCAUCAUUUCCUUCCUCCCUCUCUCUCCUUUCCUUCAUUUCCUUCCUCUCUGAUUUCCUUCCUCUCUCUCCUUUGCUCCAUCCUUUCCUCCCCCCCCUCUCUCUCUCUCUUUCUCUCUCCUUUCCUCCACCCCCCCCCCCCCCCCCCACUUUCUAAACAGCAGCCCUGACAGUAUUUCCAGCUGCUGAGUGAAUCACAGGUUUAUAUUAACGUGCUCCUAAUCCAUCAUCGUUUCUCUAGUAACGGCUUGCAGAGAGAUGUCUGUGAAACAUAUGGAUGGAAUCAUUAUAAGCAGCAAGUAACCCUCGACCAAAAAAAAAAAAAAAAAAAAACCUUGCUCAAAAGUAAACGCCCCCUUGGCGUGAUUGUAAAAAGGCAGUAGUGGUAGCGCGGGAGGCUUCUUCACCCCAACCAGUCGCGCUCUUCUCUUCCCGGAUCAGUCCGGCUGACGCUCGUUGUUUGUUCGCUUGUAGUCGUGAACCAUGUCGUGACCUCUCCGAAAAUAUUUCCGAACCUCUAAACGCCGACGUCUGCUCGUCCAGAGAGAUGUGUACCGUACCGUAAUCGUUUCUGCUUCCUAGGUGUUUGCGUCUGUGCGUAUGUACGUCAGCGUUCCUUCGUUUAUAAGAGCCGAACUAAAGAACCCACGGAAAAGGAAAGCUGAAAGUGAAGCUCCGCCUCCGUCUUCUUCCUCAUGUCUACUAUAGAAACUGUGCCACAGUGUAAAUACUCACCUCGGCACCUUCAGACGUCGUAGCUUUAACGUCCUUUCUCCAGAAGUGACGUGAAAAGAUUAAAAAAAAAUAAACUUUCAAAUUUUUGUGUUCUCAUGUUAAAGAAAGUACAGUUGUUGUUGUUGUUGUUUGUUUUUUAAAUAUUCCUGUGAUGGUGUGUAAAGGAGACGUGUUUGUCAUGUCUUGUGUGAUGAAGUGAAUAAUAAGUCGGUGAGCGAGCCGUGCCGUACAGAA